GACAGUUUCUCACUUCACAGUGAAUGAUUUUUUUGCAAGAAGAAGAAUUAAAAGAACGCUGUUGUUUUUAUCCAAAAAGUUUUACAAUUUUUUCACAAAAUAAUACAUUAUUUCGUAAAUAUCCUUUAAAUACUUUACAAAAUGGUGAAAUUAACACCCGAACUUAUAAAUCAAUCAAUGCAAUUUAUAAACCCUUGUCGAGAACGUGAAUUAGAUUUACGCGGCUAUAAGAUACCACAAAUUGAAAAUUUGGGAGCCACGCUUGACCAGUUCGAUACAAUAGAUUUGUCCGACAAUGAUCUCAGAAAAUUAGAUGGUCUUCCCUAUUUACCACGUCUGAAGUGUUUAUUACUGAAUAAUAAUCGUAUACUACGUAUAGGUGAUGAUCUGCAGGAGUGUGUGCCUAACCUAAAUUCGGUAAUUUUAAGCGGCAAUAAUUUGCAGGAAUUGGGCGAUUUGGAGCCUCUGGCACAACUAACACAUUUAGAGACCUUGUGUUUGCUUAUGAAUCCGGUGUCUACCAAACCUUACUACAGAGAGUAUAUGGCUUAUAAAUUUCCACAUUUACGCUUAUUGGAUUUUAGGAAAAUCAAGCAAAAGGAUCGCAAAACUGCUUUGGAGUUCUUCCGUUCUAAACAGGGUAAAGAAAUGUUAAAGGAAAUAGCUAAAAAAUCGAAAUUAAGUGCUGCAGCAGCGGCACUAGCGGAAGCAACGGGUAAAUCAACUGGCAGUGCGGGUGGACGGUUUGCCAAUCCAGAAGAUUUGCAACGCAUUAGGGAAGCAAUCAAACGUGCCAGUUCAUUGCAAGAAGUAGAAAGAUUAUCACAAAUCUUGCAAAGUGGUCAAAUACCCGAUAAUUUUGUUUUAGGUCAAAAUGGUUCCACACAAAAUGGUAAUACUAAUAAUAGUACAACACAAGAAGUGGCAAUGGAACAUUAGUGUUUAAAACAUCUUUUUAAUUUAAAAUAUUUAGUUUUCUGUGAAUUCAAAGUGAACAAUAUAAACAAGCGAACCAAUGAAGUAAAGAAGUUUUUUUAUUUUAAAAUAAA